AUGGCUCCUAUUCAAACGCAAACCCUCCACGCCCUCUCCACCUUCGCGAAGCGAGACACUUCCAACCACUACUCUCUCUAUGUCCUCGCUAUCAUGGCCGGCUGUAUUGUAUUCUGUCUCAUCGGAUUCUCUGUCUACGGCAUGUACAGCGGGUUGAAGCUUGAGGAACCAGCAUUUGAAGUUCCCUACGAGCAGAGGAAAUACAUGCGUGAAGUCCACCAACGCAAUGUGAACAGCAUGGCCAUUGUGGCAAAGCGACCUGAUUUGAUUGUUCCCGUCGAGGAACUGAACUAUUGA